UCCGGUAAAGGGGCGGGGCAAGUAGCGGUACGAAGGGGGCGUGUCGAGGGCUGACCAAUAGGAGGCUAGGGGGGCGGGGCUAGCGGGACGCGGGGGGAAGCGGUGGUUGCGGUCGCGCAGCGAUGUUUCAGCUGUGCCUCCCCCGGGGGGGCCGGGCCCUGCUGGGGCUGCGGCUGCUGCGGGGCCCCCCCGGCGCCCGGCGCCCCGUCAGCUACCAGCCCAUCCGCAAGGUGCUGGUGGCCAACAGGGGUGAGAUCGCCAUCCGGGUGUUCCGGGCCUGCACGGAGCUGGGGAUCCGCACCGUGGCCGUGUACUCGGAGCAGGACACGGGGCAGAUGCACCGGCAGAAGGCGGACGAGGCCUAUCUGGUGGGGCGGGGGCUGCCCCCCGUGCAGGCCUACCUGCACGUGCCCGACAUCAUCCGUGUGGCACAGGAGAAUGGGGUGGAUGCGAUCCACCCGGGGUACGGGUUCCUGUCCGAGAGCGCUGCCUUCGCCCAGGCCUGCCUGGACGCGGGGGUCCGGUUUGUGGGGCCCCCCCCAGCCGUCGUGCGCCAGAUGGGGGACAAAGUGGAGGCUCGAGCCAUUGCCAUCGCUGCUGGGCUGCCGGUGGUGCCGGGGACGCCAUCGCCGGUGUCGGGGUUGGCCGAGGCGCGGGACUUCGCGCUGGACGCCGGCUUCCCCGUUAUCCUCAAGGCAGCGCACGGCGGCGGCGGCCGCGGCAUGAGGGUGGUGCGGGCACCGCAGGAGCUGGAGGAGAGCUUCUCCCGCGCCUCCUCCGAGGCUUUGGCCGCCUUUGGCAACGGGGACCUGUUCGUGGAGAAGUUCAUUGAGCGCCCGCGGCACAUCGAGGUCCAGAUCCUGGGGGACCAGCACGGGCACGUGGUGCACCUGCACGAGCGGGACUGCUCGGUGCAGCGCCGGCACCAGAAGGUCGUGGAGAUCGCGCCCGCGGCGCGGCUGCAGCCGCAGCUCCGGGAGCGCCUCGCCAGCGACGCCGUGCGCCUGGCGCGGCAGGUGGGGUACGAGAACGCAGGAACAGUGGAAUUCCUGGUGGAUCAGAGCGGGAGCUACUACUUCAUCGAGGUCAACUCGCGCCUGCAGGUGGAGCACACGGUCACCGAGGAGAUCACGGGCGUGGACCUGGUCCACGCGCAGUUGCAGGUGGCCGCGGGCCGGUCACUGCCGGAGCUGGGGCUGGAGCAGGACAAGAUCCGUGUCAACGGCUGCGCCAUCCAGUGCCGCGUCACCACCGAGGACCCAGCCCGUGGCUUCCAGCCCGACACCGGCCGCAUCGAGGUGUUCCGCAGCGGGGAGGGCAUGGGGAUCCGCCUGGACGGCGCCUCCGCCUUCCAGGGCGCGCUCAUCUCGCCGCACUACGACUCGCUGCUGGUGAAGGUGGUGGCCCACGGCCACGACCAGCCCGCGGCCGCCGCCAAGAUGCGCCGUGCCCUGGCUGAGUUCCGCAUCCGCGGUGUCAAGACGAACAUCCCGUUCCUGCAGAACGUCCUGGCGCACCCCCAGUUCUUGGGGGGUGUCGCUGAUACCCAGUUCAUUGAUGAGAACCCCGAACUCUUCCACCUGCGCCCCGGGCAGAACCGGGCCCAGAAGCUGCUGCACUACCUGGGUCACGUGAUGGUGAACGGCCCCAGCACCCCUCUCCCAGUCAAGGCGAAGGCAGCGCUGAUGGAGCCCACCCCGCCCCCGACACCCAUGGGGCCGCCCCCGCCGGGGCUCCGGGCCGUGCUGCAGCGGGAGGGACCGGGCGCGUUCUCGCGGGCGCUGCGCGCGCACCGGGGGCUGCUGCUCACGGACACCACGUUCCGGGACGCGCACCAGUCGCUGCUGGCCACGCGCGUGCGCACGAGGGACCUGGCGCGCGUGGCGCCCUUCGCCGCGCACAGCCUCAGCGGCCUCUGCAGCAUGGAGACGUGGGGAGGUGCCACCUUCGACGUGGCCAUGCGGUUCCUGCACGAGUGCCCCUGGGAGCGGCUGCGGGAGCUGCGGCGCCUCGUCCCCAACAUCCCCUUCCAGAUGCUGCUGCGCGGCGCCAACGCCGUCGGCUACACCAACUACCCCGACAACGUCGUCAACCGGUUCUGUGAGGUGGCCGUGGCCAACGGCAUGGACAUCUUCCGCGUGUUCGACGCCCUCAACUACCUGCCCAACCUGGUGCUGGGGAUAGAGGCUGCCGGGCGAGCAGGCGCCGUGGUGGAGGCCGCGCUCUCCUACACCGGCGACGUGGCUGAUCCCACCCGCACCAAGUACAGCCUCCAGUACUACCUGGACCUGGCGCGGGAGCUGGUGGCUGCCGGCACUCACAUCCUCUGCAUCAAGGACAUGGCGGGGCUGCUGACCCCAGGUGCCGCACGGGUGCUGGUGACGGCGCUGCGGGAGCGCUUCCCAGAGGUUCCUCUGCACGUGCACACGCACGACACGGCCGGGGCCGCCGUCGCCUCCAUGCUGGCGGCUGCCAAUGCUGGCGCUGAUGUGGUGGACGUGGCCGUGGACGCCAUGGCUGGGAUGACCUCCCAGCCCAGCAUGGGCGCGCUGGUGGCCUGCGCCCGCGGCACCCCUCUUGACACAGGCAUCUCGCUGGAGAAGGUGUUUGAGUACAGCGAGUACUGGGAGGGCGCACGGGCGCUCUACGCCGCCUUCGACUGCACGGCCACCAUGAAGUCUGGCAACGCCGACGUCUACGAGAAUGAGAUCCCUGGGGGGCAAUACACCAACCUCCACUUCCAGGCCCACGCCAUGGGGCUGGGCCACAAGUUCAAGGAGGUCAAGAAGGCCUAUGCCGAGGCCAACAAGCUCCUUGGGGACCUCAUCAAGGUGACCCCGUCCUCCAAAGUGGUGGGGGACCUGGCGCAGUUCAUGGUGCAGAACGGGCUGUCGCGGGAGGAGGUGGAAGCGCGCGCAGACGAGCUCUCCUUCCCGCUCUCUGUGGUGGAAUUCCUGCAGGGAUACAUUGGCACCCCCCCGGGCGGCUUCCCCGAGCCCUUCCGCUCCCGGGUGCUGAAGGAGCUGCCCCGCAUCGAGGGCCGCCCAGGGGCAUCGCUGCCACCGCUGGAUUUUGAGGCUCUGGCGCAAGACUUGGGGUCCCGCCACGGGGCCCCCCCCAGCCCCGAGGACCUGCUCUCGGCCGCGCUUUACCCCAAGGUCUAUGAUGAGUUCCGCACCUUCACCAGCACCUUCGGGCCCGUGUCCUGCCUCGGCACCCGCCUCUUCCUCGAGGGGCCCACCAUCGCCGAGGAGUUCGAGGUGGAGCUGGAGCGGGGCAAGACGCUGCACAUCAAGGCGCUGGCGCUGGGGGACCUCAACACCGCGGGGCAGCGCGAGGUCUUCUUCGAGCUCAACGGGCAACUGCGCUCCAUCCUCGUGCGGGACACACAGGCCAUGAAGGAGAUGCACGUGCACCCCAAGGCUGACCGCGGGGCCAAGGGCCAGGUCGGAGCGCCGAUGCCGGGCGAGGUGGUGGAGGUGCGGGUGGAAGAGGGGGCGCAGGUGGCCAAGGGGGACCCCCUCUGUGUCCUGAGUGCCAUGAAGAUGGAGACCGUGGUGACAGCCCCCAUGGCCGGCACCAUCACCCGGGUCCACGUGCGCCCCGGCAUGAGCCUGGAAGGGGACGAUCUCAUCCUGGAAAUCAAGUAGGGGGGUGCACAGGGACCCCCC